CCGGCCCAUACAGUUUUCCCAGGCGACAAGUUAGGGUUUAACACGCAUUUUCUUGGGAAGAAAUCUACUUCUCUCUCUAUAAACCCUUCUUCCUCUUUCUCCCCUUAGAAACACUUCUCUCUAGAUCAUUCCAUUUCCAUUCCUCAACUACUUCUGCGAAUUCGAAUAUGGCUAACGCGCAAAAAGCCGCAAAUGUGCUGACGAACAUAGCGCGCGCCGCCUUCGCCGUCGGAAUCGGCGGUGCCGCUGUCAAUUCCUGUCUCUACACCGUCGAUGGCGGCCAACGCGCCGUCAUCUUCGACCGUUUCCAAGGAGUCAAGCCAGAUACCGUCGGCGAAGGAACCCACUUUUUGGUCCCGUGGCUUCAGAAACCCUUCAUCUUCGACAUCCGCACUCGCCCCCACACCUUCUCCUCCAUUUCUGGCACGAAGGAUUUGCAGAUGGUCAAUCUGACACUGCGUGUGCUUUCUCGCCCGGAGGUCAGCCGGCUUUCCGAUAUUUUCCAAACCCUAGGGCUUGAGUAUGAUGAGAAAGUCCUGCCAUCUAUUGGUAAUGAGGUUCUGAAGGCUGUGGUUGCUCAAUUUAAUGCUGAUCAACUGCUCACUGAUAGGCCCCAUGUUUCUGCUCUUGUGAGAGAGAGUUUGAUCAGAAGGGCGAAGGAUUUCAACAUUGUUUUGGAUGAUGUGGCCAUCACACACUUGUCGUAUGGUGCGGAAUUCUCAAAGGCUGUGGAGCAGAAGCAAGUGGCCCAACAAGAGGCGGAGAGGUCUAAGUUUGUGGUCAUGAAGGCAGAGCAGGAGAGGAGGGCUGCUAUUAUUAGGGCUGAGGGUGAAAGUGAGUCUGCCAAGCUGAUUUCUGAUGCAACUGCAGCUGCAGGGAUGGGGUUGAUCGAGCUGAGGAAGAUUGAGGCAGCAAAGGAAAAUGCAGCAUCCAUGGCCAGGAAUGGGAAUGUGAUUUAUCUGCCUAGCAGCAACAACAUGCUUCUUGGUGUUAAUCCUGCGCGUUAGUUAUGAGGUAGCAUUCAUAGAUGUCAGCAAUAAUGAGUAUUUUUUGUUUUAUUGAUUUGAGAGUGGGUGUAUUAAUGCCUCCCUUGAACUUGAGCCUGUCUGGUGUGCCUUUAGAUGUGAUAUAUGCAUUAGAAGUUGUUUACGAGUCUGUAAUGCAACUUGGUAGCCCUUUGUCUUUUAAUUUGUCACAUGUUAGUUCUAUAGAAAAUGAAUUGCACAAGUAUGACUGAUCAUGAUCAGUUAGUUGUUAGAUCAGUCAUUGUCAUAUAGCUCCUCAGAAAGCUUUGCAUUUGGUGUUUCAAGCUCAAUUCUCUAUGAGGUUGUGGUCAACAUUUAGUACAUUAUUUCUUAAUAAGAUGAUAAUGUGUUUGUCACUCUUGGUAGAUAUGUGAUGGUAUCAAUGUCACCAUUCUUGUUGAAAUUCGUAAUUGUUGAGACAUGUGAAGAUAUUUCAGUAUCUGCUGAAAUUCAUACGUGCAAAUGUCUUUUCAGUUUCUGUUGAAUUUCAUUAUCGUUGAGAUGUUAGGUAUCAUUCACUUGUGUGGUUCAUUAUGCUUUAUUGGCCUUCCAUAACUUUUUUUCUAAUUCAGCAUUCCCAUUUCCUCUUUGUUGCAGGGCGUUGAAGAGUGUGCUUUGGUUCCAUUCUUUUGGUUUCUUCGGGGGAUAUUUGAGUUUUCAAGUUGCGAUAAGUUGUAUGAAUGUUUAGGAUCCAGUUGAGCUAUAAUAAUUUCAAACCGUGCCCCUUUUCCUUAUUCUUGGAAAUUCAAAUCAUCUGUCUUCUCGUUGACUGGUGCACUACCUACUUAUCAUCCAAGUGCUUGGGGUGCUUGAUGCUUCUUUUUAUCCAUUUUAUCCAAAUGAAGUACCAUUGGUAAUUUUUAGUACA